AUGGAUGAAGCUACGAGAAAAUCUGCAAAAAUGGAAAUCGAUGAGUCACUAAUGCUGAGCACUUUCACCAUGAGACGUAUAGGUUUAUCUUUUAAUAAACCACAGAAUACUGCAGCUUACUUUCGCCAAAAACUUAAUUUCGUGCUAUCCAUGUGCAGUAUCUGCAUUCACGUUUCUACUGAAUUAAUUAACAUAUUCGUCACGUUCGCCAACUCACCUCGUGUCGAAGAUGUCGUUCCGCUCUUUCAUACCUUUGGUUACGGCGCUUUGAGUAUCGCAAAAGUAUUCGUUCUCUGGUAUAAAAAUACAGUUUUUGCGGAGCUGAUUGACGAACUCGCUGGAAUAUGGCCGAUGCCUCCUCUCGAUGAAGAUGCUUUAGCAAUCAAACAAAAAAGUUUGACUGCAUCACGUAUUAGCCAUCGCUGGUAUUUUUCAGUAAGUAUUUUGGGAGUAUGCUUUUAUAGCUUGACGCCAAUAGUUGUCUAUUUUUUCCAAGUAUGGCAAGGUCAGGAUGCUCAAAUCGGCUUCGUGUGGGUGUCUUGGUACCCUUUUGACAAAUAUGAACCCUUUACACAUGUUGCUGUCUACCUUUUUGAAACAUUCGCUGGAGUCACGUGUGUUUGGAUUAUGGUCUCUUCAGACUUAGUAUUUUUUGGAAUGGCCAGCCAUAUUACUCUACUAAUGCGGAUACUUCAAAGACGCCUAGAGUCACUAGCCUCUAUUAAACAAACUGAUGAAGAAAAUUAUGAGGAAAUACGUUCAAAUAUCAAACUGCAUCAAACGCUUAUAAGCUAUUGCAACAAUUUGGAAGAUGCCUUUUCACUGUGCAAUCUUAUAAACAUUGUAAUGAGUUCAAUAAAUAUUUGCUGUGCUAUGUUUGUAAUUGUGUUACUAGAACCCUUUAUGGUUAUUAGCAGUAAAUUGUUUCUUGGAUCAGCUCUUCUUCAAGUGGGAGCAAUGUGCUGGUAUGCGGAUGACAUUUUCCAUGCGAAUGGUGAUGUAGCUGCUGCCGUGUACAAUAGCAACUGGUAUAAAAUGAGCCCUCGCUGUCGUCGCGCUUUACUGUUUCUUAUUCUGAGGUGUCAUAAGCCAAUAGCAUUUACUGCAAUGAAAUUUACAAAUAUAUCACUUGUAACAUAUUCAUCGAUUUUGACCAGAUCCUACUCUUACUUUGCUCUACUUUACACGAUGUAUAGCGACAAC